AUGUCGCUAAAAAAGGGCAAAAAGGUGCCGUCUGUGAUACGUGAUUAUUUUCCUGCAAACUCAAUGAUGAAGCCUGCUUUGAAUCUUCUCAAUUUCAUUCUGGGAAUUGAAUUUUCAAAUAGAAAAAUCUUACUAUUGGGAUCUGGGUUCGUUGCUGGACCAGCAGUUGAAUAUAUCCUGAGAAGACCAGAAAAUAAAUUAACCAUUGCUUGUAGACGUAUAACUAAUGCUCAAUCACUGUGUCAAAAGUUUUCUCGUGCAACUCCUGUAUCGCUUGAUGUGACAGAUGAAAAGGCUCUUGGUGAAAUUGUUUCUAGUCAUGACUUGAUAAUCAGUUUGAUACCUUAUCAAUAUCAUCCUUUGGUGAUUAAAUCUGCUAUAAAACAUAAGAAACAUGUGGUAACCACUAGCUAUGUGUCACCAGCUAUGAAAGAAUUUGAUGCAGAAGCCAAGAAAAAUGGGAUUAUAGUCAUGAAUGAAAUUGGUCUUGAUCCUGGAAUUGAUCAUCUUUAUGCCGUAAAAACUAUCAAUGAAGUUCAUGAAAUUUUAUCAUUCAUUUCAUAUUGUGGUGGACUUCCAGCUCCAGAAGCUUCAAAUAAUCCUCUUGGUUAUAAAUUUAGUUGGUUUGCUCGUGGUGUUCUAUUGGCAUUAAGAAGUGCAGCUAAAUAUUAUCAAGAUGGAAAAGUUGUAGAAAUUCCAGGAAAUAAACUUAUGGAAUCAGCAAAACCAUAUCUAAUUUAUCCAGCAUUUGCAUUUCUCUGUUAUCCCAAUCGUGAUUCUACACCUUUUAGAGAAUUUUAUAAAAUCCCUGAAGCAAAAACAAUUUUACGUGGUACCUUACGUUACCAGGGUUUUACCAAUUUUGCUAAAGUUUUACUUGAUAUUGGAAUGUUUGAUGAUUCUGAAAAAGAUUAUUUGCUUCCCAGUUCACCAGAUAUUACAUGGAGAGAUGUUUUGGCUAAAGUUCUUUGCGUAUCUAGUAAUUCUGAACAUGAUAUUCGUGAUAAAAUUAAAUCUAAAGUCAAAGACCUAUCAAAUGAAGAAGUUGAACGAAUUCUAUCAGGUUUUAAAUGGUUGGGGUUGUUUUCUGAUGCAAACGUUGAUCGCAAAUCCAAUUUAAUCGAUACACUUUGUGCAACUUUGGAAGCAAAACUGAAAUAUGCAGAGGGUGAAAGAGACAUGGUUAUUCUACAACAUAAAUUCGAGAUUGAGUGGAAAGAUGGUAAAAAGGAAACACGGACUUCAACUUUAUUAGAAUAUGGUAAACCAUGUGGUCCAUCUGCGAUGGCUACUACUGUAGGCCUUCCUUGUGGAAUUGCAACUCAGUUGAUAUUAGAUGGCAUCAUAAAAAAGCCUGGUGUCUUGGCUCCAUAUACGCCAGAAAUUAACAAUCCAAUAAUAGAGGCUUUAGAAAAAGAAGGAAUCAAAGUCAUUGAAGAAACAUUAUAA